GAAGGCAGGAGGGUAAAUGGGGGGAUGAGGAGGGGAGCACGCACACACAACUUCCUAGGCAACCAACACAGUGACACAGUGGGCGCGCACACAGGGGUUUGUUGUGUGUGCCGGUCCACCGAAACCACUAACGGGGGGAGUUUUGCCGAAAAUGAAAAGAAAAAAAAACGCACCACCAGACUUGUACCGCUCGUCGGCCGUUCGGCUUUUGUUCGGCUGAGGCUUUUUUCGAGGGUGCUCGCGAGCGCGUCGAGCAGUAUCGUCAUCAAACAACAAACUAACACCGCACCGAAAACCGCGGAGACACGGGCCAGCGCGAGCGUGCGAGAGCGUGCAGCAGCAAAAUUAUUUCGGCAACAUUUUUUGGGCACCGUAAGUCCCGGGGUUUACGGCAGUUUCUUACGAUAGGCGCAAUUUAACAACAGCAGUGAUAUACGAGUGAAUAUUUCGGUGGAAUCGUACAGAAAUAUUAUUAUUAUAAAAAAUUAUCUGAAUCGAGCGAAAAAAAAAAAAAAACAAGUGACACCGGGAAUGAAAUAGUUACAACGUACACCACUCACAAGUGCAAAAAUUCGGAGGCGAUUUGAGGCACAGUUUUUACAGUAUACCGAAAAUACCGCAAAUCCAUCGGAAAAAAGGAUUAAAUCUGUGAAGGCAGGCAGCGAACUGCUUCGACUCGUUUGCCGGCCAAAGGUGUGUUUUUAUACCUUCUGCUGUGCAGCAAGCUAGGCGAAAGCGCAUCAUCAUCACUUCCGGCACCGACACCGGUACAUUCAGCGAAGGAUACUAGUGUGGAUCCGUUCCGUUCCGUGGGAGCGCAAAUGUUCCGAAGCGAAAAGUAGCAUUGGUCCUGCACUGGAAGCAAGUGUGCUGUAAUGUAUUACAAGCAGCAGUUUCGGUUAAGUUUCGGUGCAAUUGAUUAACGAUAAAAAAACGCAACAAAAAAAAAAAAAAACAAAAACAAAAACACGAGUGAAAUUCACCACAAAAGUGUAACCUUUCGUUCGGAAGCAUUUAAACGGCGCGUCAGCAACCGGCCCCGCUCGUGGAGAAGUAAAAAUACGCUAAAGCUUAAAAUAAAAUCGAAGAAAAAACGACGCCACAAAGCCCACCGGUGGCUGCCGAGUUAGUGUCGCGAACGGGUGCGUUUGGAAGGCGUGGGGUGGCGGUAAUUUGAAACCCAGCGGGCAACAAACCGGCCCCGCUGCAAGUGCGCACAAACCCAACCCGGCCAGCGUUGUACCACCGUUUGGAAAUUGUGUUUAGUUCGAAAUUGUCCAUUUUUUAAACCCUUCGUGCGCGAGGGUGUAAUUAUUUUCUAACCAGUCAGCAGAGAGAGAGAUAGCAAGAUAACAAGCUCUACACUUCACUUUCACCAAGCCAAGAAGUCAGCAAACAGCAAGAAGAUACAAACAAACACAACAAACAAAAAUCCAAUAAAACACACAGUCGUAAUAACGCGAAACAUCAAGCACAUCAAGACUUGCCGCGUCGUCUACGGAUGAGCAGGCUGGAGGUACGGACGCGCUACACAGCCACGCACGACAGCAAUGCAUCAGGGGCACCAGCACCAGCGAGUGCACAGUGCAAUCGGGAGCUGCAGCGGACUGGUACACCGGCAAGGAUGCAACAGCGAUCGGCAGUAGUGCAAAGCGGCAGGCAGCAGCAUCCUCUCAUGCCUUCCGGUCGGUUCUAACCGCAGCAAACAAAAAAAAAAAAAGGCAAAACCGGCCCUCACGGAGCACCAUGCCAAGGGCUACGUGUAGUGAGCGUGUAGUGUAAAGCGCAGUGCAGUGAACAACCUCCCCAUCCAAACCCGCAUCCUCACACCAGCUUUCUUUCCCAUUUUUUGGCGGAUCCACCUCUUUUGGCGUGAUUUUGGGCAUAACAACGUAAGAUAAAAAUUCAAAAGUUUUGUGUGGAGCAAAAAAAAAUAGCAUACGAAAGUAAAUUGUAAAGAGCAAAUAUAAAUAUAUAAAUAAAGAUAAAACGUAAAACGUGCAGCAAGUGUAAAAGUGUAACAUAAAAAAAGAGGGGAAAAUUAAGAACAAAGUGGCUAAAACGAGUGUGACAAAAGAAAAAGAGAUAAAAAAACGUGAACAAACAACAAAACGAAACAAACAACAAACAACACAUGUAGAAGGCAUCAAAGCGCAUUUAUGGCAUUUGCAUUUUACUCAAAAUUAACACUUUCGGCUGAAUAAAAAAAAAUCAGUACCAAUCCCCUUAACAUCCUUCCCCCCGUGCAACCAUCUACGUUCGUGUGCGAGUGCGUGAGUGAAUCAACAACAAGGCAGAAAAAUCCUUCGAAAAUCCAAGUGUGUCUGUGUGUGUUGUGUCUAUACCGUUUGGCAUUGGUGGUGAAAGUUUUGGUUCUAUAUUCUGGCAAACCAACACACACACAGCAACAACAACAACAAAAAACAACUGUAAAAUUCCAAAUCAAGUCCAAAACGCCACACACGCACUGAAAAUUUUCGGGCAACGCAAAACUACCCCCCCCUUUCGGAGCGUUCCAUUUUUCGUUUGGUACGUCGCGUAGUUUUUUUGUUUCUCCGUUUUUUUCGGUUUUACCGUGUGGCAAACGGGGCUACACGGGCGCGGCGUGCAGUGUAAGUGCGGAGUAGGCAGUAAGUGCAACCCCUGCGUACGUACGCGUCAGUGAGUGAGUGAGUGUGUGCGUGCGUGCAAUUGUGCGUGAGUGUGCGUCGCGCGCGCGAGUUUUCCGCGGUGCGUUUUGUUGGCGCAAUCGGAAGUGCCGGUGGAAAGUUGGAAGCGCCAGACGCAAGCGGUCCUUUUUCGACAAGAAGGGAAAAAGGAAAGUAAGGCAGAAAAGUUGGGCAGAAAAAGGCACCCCAGCAAACACUCCGCAGAAACACGGCCACAGACAGUCGCGCGAGAUUACAAACAAUCGACGAAAAAAGAUCUCAUCGACGAGUGGUGGUACUUUCGCCUCAUUGCUGUAGCUGUGAAAGACCAUCGUCCACGGCCACAACGGGAUUAAAGCAACUCGACAACAACAACAACAUUGUGCAUUUAGAGCAGCAAGAGCCAGUUGCAAAGACGGCGCAAUAAAGUAGCGGUCGCCUUCCGCGAGCGCGGAAACCACACCGUUUUACAACCAACCAACACACUGUACGCUGAACGGAAAGGAAACACGGCACCAACAUGGAUCAGCAACAGUACUGCCUCAAGUGGAGCAACUAUUCAUCCAACCUGGCGGCGGCCUUUUCGAACCUGUUCGAUUCCGCCACCCUCACAGACGUCACGUUGGUUUGUGGAGGAACCGUAUUCAACGCUCACAAGGUCAUACUAGCGGCAUGUUCGAAAAACUUUGCCGACCUGUUCGAGCGGGCCCCGGUUGGCACCGGCCAGAUAUGCGUGAUGCUGGAAGCGACCUCCGCCGACAACAUGCACGCACUGCUCGAGUUUAUGUACAAAGGCGAGGUGCAUGUGUCACAGAAAGCGCUGGAAAGCUUUCUGAAGGCGGCUGAGAACUUGCAGGUCAAAGGACUCACCACCGAGCACGGUCGCUUCGCGAGCGCCAACGCUAGCCAACCGUCACAGUCGCCGUUCCACGGCCCACCGAACGAUCUGCCAUCACCUGCCAUCCGGCGCCAGCAGCGCAACAGCCUCUCGUCCUCGCUGGAAUCGAUCAACCGAGCGGUGAAGCGGGAAACCGACAGCAUAGUCGGCAGUGCCAGCAGCGGUGGCAACGGAUCGAGCCACGGCAGUGGUGGCGGUGCUGGCGCCGGCGGUGCCACGGGCAAUGCGGGCAGUGGGGCCGAUCGGGGCAGUGGUAACGAACGUGGCAAUCGCGGCAAUGAUCGAGGCGGUGAGAGUGGAGGUGUUGGUGGAGGUGGUGGUGGCGGAGGAGGAGGCGGCGGUGGCGGAAACACACCGGCCUCUAGCUUCUCCCCGUACCUGCAACCGUCGUCCUAUCUGCCCGGAUCGUACGAGAACCGCAAACGAUCGCUGCGAAGCCCGUUCUACGAGCAUCAGGAGGCGACGCGGGACAGCGUGUUGCGGGACGGGAAGGCAAGCGCAGGCAAUGGCAGCCCGGUCAGUGGCAGCAAAAACUAUCGACCGUCCAGCAGUGGCUCAUCGGCGACGCCGACGGAGGCGGACACCAUACACACGGAUCGGGAUUCACCGCAACAGUCCAAUCGGUACGAAAAUCAUAGUCCCAGCACAACCCAUGGCCACGGAAACGGACCGGUAUCGUCUAACACGAUGGACCGCGAGGAACGCAACGAUCACAACGGCUCGGUGGAUCACAAAGUGAAACACGAAAGUCGGGAAGGCAACGAGGCUGGCGCGGAAGAUCUGCGCGUCAAGAUGGAAAUGCGACCGAUACAGUCCCCGCUCCGAUCGUCGGCCCCGUCCACACCGACGACACCGAUCGGCUUCAUCAACGUGAAGGGCGGGCUGGAGGCGGCGAUACCGUCCGUCGACAUGUUGGGCAUGAUCAGCACACCGCGAGAAAGCGUCACGACGGCAGAUGGUUUACUGUGCGUUCCAGGCAAAAAGCUACAGUGCCCGCUGUGCGACCGGCAGUACGGCUACGAGACGAACCUGCGGGCGCACAUACGCCAGCGGCAUCAGGGAAUACGCGUGCCAUGCCCGUACUGCAGUCGAACGUUCACCCGCAACAACACGGUCAGAAGGCACAUCGCCCGGGAGCACAAGCAGCAGACGCAGUUCAUGCCGAGCCAGCUGCACAGCUAAGUGCGCUAAGCCCUGCCGCUGUAGGACGUCGAAUUUGCUGCUGCCCGGUCCUGUCUCUUUCCUACUCUCUCCCACCUGAUCCCCGAGGAACGUUUUGUUUUCCAAAUCCCCUUUCACCACCCCACCCCACCCCGUCCCCCGUGGCCCAGUUGUGCGGAUCAUCCGUCACUCGAUCGGCCGUGCUGAAUUGGACCGUUUGUUGUUCCUAUAACAUUAGUAAAAAACGAAUUGUUGCAUUGUCGCAUUUGUAGCCAUAACUCAGAGUCCCGUUCGCCUUUGAACGCCAUCCAAAGAUAUCGAUACCGUGCGAAGGCCGCGGAAGAGCCGGGCUCGCCCGCCCGCUUUCCCUGCUGUACAUCGGCAGCCAUGAUGGAGCAGCACACCAGCGAGACACACCUGUUGUGUAGUGUUGCCGAAUAGCAGGGAGUUUCUUUUUGAUUUCCAUCGUCAGCAUUAGCAUCAUCAAUGUACGAGCCGUAGCCGUUUGGUGAGCAGUAGCCGCAUCAGUUAGUGGGGUAGCUGCUUCAAAUGAAAGAUGGUACAAUAUGCUGUAAUAGCGAUCGCAUGAUCACAUCAGAUACGGGACUCGAUGUUAGAAGAGAGAAUGUAUCAACAAUAUCAGCUGAAUUAAACAUUUGCGAGAUGGGGUCGAUUGUUUCUCGGGCAGUGUGCGAUGGGUGCAACUCAUCGGAAUAGUUAAGCGGGGGAAGAGGCAUUCGUACGUAUCCUGUUUACGUACGCGAUAAACGAUUUGCAAGAAAAGAAGAUGAAGGUGAAAGCUAAGCUAUAAUAACUUGAAAUGGAUUGGUAGAACACUGAUUGGAGUGAACGGACGCCGCAUACAUAGUUUUGAAUUCACAUCUAGCAAACCCAGAACUCAUCGGACCUACUAACUGCUGGAACCUUCCGACACUGGAAAUAUGAACUAAAUAGGAAAGACAAUUUAUUUAAAUAGCAACAGUGAAAUUCAAUUUGUUUACUGCUAAAGAGUAACCAGAGUACUCUCUCGCCUUAUGAAUUCGAAUCAAUAAUUAUUUUUCAUUCUUGUACCUAUAUUUUCUUCACUCCUCCAUUACCAUCGGGUAUAUGCUUUGACAAAACCCCGAUUUCAUAAAAAAACAAACAAAAUCAACUAGCAUCCUCUAUAACUGCAACAUUGAUUUUCUUUACCACUCUGCAACAAGCCAGCAAUGGUGGACACAACAAUAGCUUUAAUUUGCCAGUAUUUGGCAACUCGUCGACAGACUACGGAUGUUCCACGGGUGAGGUGAACACACCUCAUCCUCCUCCUCACACGCACGUUUGCUCAUGCAGAGCAGCGACAUGCUUUAAUUUUUGCAACAUCUAUAACUCAGCAACUACAAUCACCACAAGUGUCAUUAAUCAUCAAUUAACUUGAAUGUGGAGGAUCGUUUUUCUCUUUACGAGACCCGAUUAAGGGGAAACCCGAACCAGAGGGUACUAACAAGAAUCUUGCUUAUGUUGCCCAUACACACACAUACACAUACAAACACAAACACACAAACACAGAGCCACAGACAGUAACGAUGAACCUUUACCGACAUACAUAUAGAUAGAAAGAGAGGAAGGAAGAAGGUAGAGUAAUAGAAAAGAAUAGAUGAUAGAAGCUUACUAUUUUGUUUAUGUUUUACUUGUUUUUGUUUCCUAAUUAAAACUCACUAUAUAGAACACACCAACGGCAACACACACACACGGCAAUUGUAUUUGCUGUUGUUGUUGUUGUUGUUGUUGUUGGUUGUUGUUUUAUGUACUCUAGUAUCAGAUUUGCAUUUCCUUUGAAAUGGCGAACGACUCGCUUCAUACGAUUACCGAUUGUUUGAUUUCGAUUGUUUCGUCAUUUCGCUUUUUGAAUAGUGGUUUAGUUCUUGAACCCUCCCUCCGCUCUCCCAGCAGCAAGGGAGUUGUUUGAUAAGGGGUGUGUGGGUUGAACGGGGGAAUGUACGAAGAUCGAAGAAUUGGAAGUACACAUUACACCGUAACAAUGUACAUGGAUAUCUUAAAUCUUGUAAUAGUAUCAUAUAUAAUUUAACAAGGAACAACAAAACAACGCAAUGUGGGAGGGGGUGUGGGAGAGGUAAAGAAUACUUUUUUAAUGAAUAAUACACAUGUACCUGCUGAUAAAGAAAUAGGGAAUCAGAUAUAGGAGAGUUGAAAUCGAUAGCUUAAUGAGAAAUAUUUAACUAUGCAUAUAUAUGAAAGUAUAUUUAAACCUAAUCUACAAAACCCACAUUACAACACACAUGUACUUGAAGAAGAAGAAGAAGAAGGGCAGAAGUGGUCAGGCGGCCAAUGCCGGAAGGGGGUAAUGCUCGGCUGGCUGGCAGCUGGUAGCAGUGGCAAAGGUGUGUGGCUGAACAGUGUGAGACGCAAAAGACAUUUAAUCCUUUUUCAGGUUGACGCCUUUCGCCUGACAAUGACGACGAGACGAGACGAUGACGCGCGAUCGCGCAUUACUCGAGCAGCCAUUACCAAUCUGGCACGAGUCUCAAUAUCGUGCGCUAGCGAUUAACAAUUAAUUCAUGCAAGGAAAAGAUUCUUCCGCCUAGAGGGGGUAGCUGACCCACUUUGGUUAGUGGUGGCGGCCACGGCCCAAGGCAGGGGGAUCUUUUGUCCAACAACAACCAAUUCUUCAAUAGAAGAGCAAACCUAAUGGAACAACAUGCAAUGGAAACUUGGUGCCUAUUAAAUAGACGAUUCUAGUUUAAACAGUACUCUUACUAAUACUAAUAUUUCCGCAACUACUGCUACUACUUCCUCUACGAAUGGUUAUAGUACUUCCUCCGAUCGUACAAUACAGGUGCGUUUUUGUUUUGUUCGUUUUCUGCGACAUCUUAAAUGGCAUGUAUCUAUCAUUUCAUAUCAUUGCCAUCAUCCCCGCCAAACCCCGCAACUCACUACAAUAGAUAAACGGAACCGUUGAAAUGAUCUCAUUUUUAUAGCAAUUACUGAUUUAGUUACCACUAUUUAUCCCGUCCCCCAAACUCUAGAUGUCCUUCUCCAGCAAUAUCAAAGAAAACACCGUUCCCAUACUUAACUCUUCGCGCGUCUCGUUUCACCACCGACCAUUUGGUCCAUUUUCACUGCAGUAAGAGUGAUCAUAUUCUACCAAUCCUUUUCAAGUUAUUAGCCGAAGUUGUGCAGCACACGUACUAUCGGGCUUCGGUUCUCCGGUUUUACGGGGCACGGAAGCGUUCGUCUCGUGCUGGGCAAAUUGGACGCGAGAAAGGGGAAGAAGAUCUUGCACGGAAGAGAAACAAUGAAACAAUCCAAUCUCAAUCGUUAAAACUUAACAAACACAUGCACACACACGCACACAAAGAGCAACAACAUUCGAUGUGAGCGUCGCGUGUGUGUUUUGUGACAAGACAAGGUGUGUUGAGCACACGGUGCCAGCUGAAGUAGUUAAAAUGUGAACGUUGCCGUGAGCACGUGAAUAAGAGCCUUUGCAUAAUGUGCGUAACAAAGUAGAGGCAAGCGAACGCAUGAGCUAGACAAUUGGAUGAAAAGAAAGGUAAUUGCAGAGUUUAAUUGGUGCAAAUAUGUUUAACGUGUAAUAGCAAUACCAAGCCGGAAGAACGAACAAAACACGAAAUAUGUGCGCCGAGAGCAUUCGUUUUCAGCAUGGGUGGAGUUCCGCAUGAUUUUCUGUAUAAUUUGUAUUGUUUUUUUUAAAAGAGCUACCAUUUUUACUGUUAUAAACAAACAACCGAAGUUACCGAAGCAACAUGAAAAUACCGGAAGGUACAUUAGAGAGGCAAAACAGUAAUUGAAAAGAUGCUAUCAAUGUUUGCUAUAUUAUACCGUAGUAUAACACAGAGAGAAUUUUAUUUUGUGUUUUUUUUUCUUUUAGUUUUGUUUUUUCGCAUACAAUAGCUUUAGUAAGGAGUUUUGAUUGAUGAGUUUUCUCAUGCUUUCGUUUUGGACCACGGUAUGGCCGUGAUGCGGAUGCAAGUGUUUAUGUUUCCAUUCGAGCGAAUUUGUUUUACGUACCGAACUCCUGGGACACACCCACUGAACAUGAAAAGAAUAUGCGCGAAACAAGUAAAUAUGCUUCCCUCGGAACCCUUCCCUUAAGUAUGACGUCAAACGCUUAACAAUGAAAUAGAAUCCGUUAGUUCAAUUUUUAAAGAAGAAUCAAUAUAGUUAAACACAGUCUCACAGUGAGGAAACGGUGAUCGGUCAUCACCGGUAUUGAUAAUAGUUGUAUUAAGCACACACGAGUACCCGGGCGCGGGUAAGCGACCGCAAUAAGACAAAUCGGAACGCAGCAGCAGCAGCAGCACCAGCAACCCCGCCGCUAACGCCGGGUUGUGGUGCGUGUGCCUGCCACCAAGCAGAAUUGUGUUUCUUGUUAAAAACAAAUAGCCUGUUUCUGUUUCUAGUGCUACAAACUGUACUGUUUAAUUUUUUGAAUGCACAUUUGUCCCUUAUCCCUUAUAAAACUGUUUACUCAACCUGUUAUAAACAAAACGUAACACGAGGAGGAGCUAUAGGUAUAAUCAAAGAUAUCAAACGUUUGAUAUUUGCAAGCAAUUUACAUGCAGACGAAAGACAACUGCCAAUGAAAACGGGUCUAUUUUUUCCGCUGAGUCGCAUUUCACCGUGCGCAGCACCACCGUACGUAUAUUAAAAAAAACUUUUUGUUUUUAUACACUUGUCUUAACGACAACACACACCGCUAGGUAUUAUUCGUUUUUAUUGUAUGGUGUAAAGGUUUUACUUCUUUUGAGUUUUUCAUCCAUUUACAUACACACUUACACACACACACACACACAAUCUGUACAACUGGUUUCUUCCAAAGCGAAAUGCGUAGCAACAAAACAAAAAAACAAAACUAAGAUUAGUCGUGAUGAUAUGACAGAGAGAAAGAAGUAAAACACAUAAAAAACACACAAAAACAUGGAAACGAAACUCGAAACAUUAAAGAAGAAAAAAGAAACCUUAACCCCCUAUACACCAGCGACAUAGCAAUGGUAAGCCGAACAUAAAUGAAAGCAAAAUAGGUAAAAAAGAAAGAGAAAGAGUCAGAGAGAACGAGAGGAUGAAAAACACAUAAAAUAAUAAUAAUAAUAACGUAGAAAUAUGAACACGAAUGAAAACAAAAAGAAUGAACACUGAAAUCAACUACCUCCACACGUACUGUAGAAAUAGUGAAAUAGAGUGCGUUUAGCAGUAAACGCCAUUUUAUGUUAAUUUUUAAAUAGCUCUUGAUUUUAAGCAAUAAGGCAACGUAAUAGUCAAAAUCAAUAAUUAUUACGUACUUCUUCAAAGACAUUUACAAAUCAGGUAUAAAAUACAAUGCAAGAGUAAACGACAGCAACAGUAGAGCGACAGGCGGCGACGCGUCUGGAAGGUGAUGCAAAAACAGCAGUAAACAGCAGUUAAAGAUGCACAUGCAAGGCGAAACUAUAUAACAAGAUAUCUUUUCAGUGUGUAGUAGUAACACACACACAACAUCCCCUGCCAUCAGCCCAUCUAAAGAGUAACACCCAACACACUAUCCACAGCAGUUUGGAAUAUGUUUUCAGGAAAAGAAAGAGAACCAAAACAUUAACAGUUGAAAAGCUCGGAAGAACAAAAGCAAUUUUAUUAUUUUAUAUUUCGUUUUGCAAAGCACAUUAUUUGCUGAGAAAAAAAAACACAAUCGUUUGGACAAACAAAACUACAUGUCACGGCUGCUAGAAAACCCAGUAGAAGAGAGAAAACUAAAGAUGUCAAAAUUUCGUUUUGGCACGAUGGAAUGGAUAAACAUGUUUUGGCUGGCACUAAAAGCUCGUAUCUAUGGAAAAUCUACAUUAGUAAGUCACCAUCAGUUGAAGAAAGACAGAGAGACGAAAUGAUAAAGAGAGAAAGGAAAAAAAAGGCAAACGGUUUGGCAAAAGGAUAAAAUUAAAAAUCAUAACAGAAGCAUAACACACACUGCACGGCGAUACCCCCUUUUUUAACUUGAUGCACACAAUCGAGGAAGCAGAUGAGAGAACAAGAUUUGGGCGGCAAAAUUAACGACACGGAAGCGUGUGACAGGAAGGAACAAAUGGAACAUGAGCCAUGGAACGAGUGGAAAAAUUGAAUGAAUGCAAAAUUGCUAAUGAAGCGUUUUGGAAAUGAUGCGAACAUGAUAAAAAGUAAGCAAAAAAAGAACUUCUAAAUUAACGAAAGCAAAUAAUGUUGAUAAAAAAACAAACAAACAAACAAAAACGUAACACAUAUUCGAUUGCAUGCGAAAAGGAAUGGCGUAGUAAGUGCGAGCACUUUAAAACAUUAGCUAUUAAGCCACUUCCCCCCCGACGACGGCCAUGCGUCAAAAGGUAGGACGGAAUAAUCUCAUGUAAAUAGAGGUAAAUUUACUCGCGUAAAUUUGCACCGUGCAGCGCGAAACCGAUGGGCAAGUGUGCGACUGCGCGGCUUGCGCUACGGAAGGGAUGAAGCUCACGUUCUCGUCGCUCGAGGGCCCGCAUGAUUUGAUCGUCAUCAUCCAGUACAACUUAACAAGAAAAUUAAAAGAGGGGAAAAAAUCAAGAGAAACGGAAGCAAAUGCAGAAGCUAUAAAAUAGCUUGAGGAAUAAAAUUUAAUGAAAUUAAAUUUUGGCAGUAAAGAGUAUGCAGGAUAAUGGGUUUUAGAUGUUAGGUGGCAUAUAGGUCGGCGCAAAUCCUCCGAACUAACUGCGAGAGGUGGUAGAACGUGAACAAACAUUUAAAAAAAAAGCAAGCAAAAACGCUAAUCGUACUGUGGAAACAAAAUUUAGUCAGUGAUGUACAUUUAGAGAGCAAAAUAGUGGAAAGCCAUGAAAGCAACACGUUUGCUCGUGGCGGCUUAUUAUGUGUACACGGGUGUUUGGUAAAUGAUAGACGGCGAAGAAGAUUUCGAACCAUCAGAAACACCGGCACACCCCCAACACAUGACAGUGGUUCAAUUUCGAUAAUACGUACGGAAGAAAAUGUACACAAGGAAGAUAUAUAAUAUGCAUCAUGGACAUGAAGAUUGUUGGUAUAAAUACAGCAAAAAAAGAGAAAGAGAGCAGCACUUUUCCCCUUUUUGGCAAAUUGAUGUAGAAAAGAAAAUGAAGCAAGAAAAAUGAUAUGUAAAAUGGUGUAAGAGAAAUCGCAACACACAUCUGUAAACGACGUGUUUUUGUUGGGUGUCUCUGAAGCUAAAUUGUACAUACAAACAAAAAAAAAUAAUAUGUGAAAAAUUUAACGUUUUUGGAAACAGUAGAAUCGUGUAAAUCCCUAAUGUUUGGCGCAAAAACGAAAAACAAAGCAACAAGAAAUUAAAAGUGCGUAUAAUGCGUUUCGGUGAAUAUAUAUAAAAAAAAAACAAAAACAAAUACGAAAAAACGACAAAAUUGAGUGCUGAAGCAAAAGUAAGAAGAAAACAAAACAGAAGGAAACGACAAACUAUUAUGUUGAUGUGUCACUGAAGAAAAACACAGCAACACACAAACAAAACACUCAGUCCGUAUGAGAGAGAGAGAAAGAGAGUUCGUGAUCCGUGCGAAGCGAAUCCCGUCGUCAACCUAACAACAACAAAUGGAAAUGAAAAGCGGCAGUAAUUUAAUUAUUGUUUGUGUUUUAUUUUGCGACAGUGUGUGUAUGUAUCUGUGGAUUGACUUUUCCGUCAACGGAACGUUGUUUGUUUGGCACAGCAAAAAAAGCGCUUCAAAACAACAUUGGCAAAUAUAUCCCCCCUUUUGGCAACUAUUCACGAAAAAAAUUAAAAUAAGUAAAUUUAGUUAGAACAAGGUAAAAAGUAACAUAAAAGUAACAAACGUUUAGGCAAUACCACAAAAAAACGAAAGUUUUUUUUUCAAAAUUAUUAAGCAAAAUUUCUAAACAAAAUUCUAAAUUCAAUUUAUGAACGAGAAAAAAAGGAGAAGAAAGAGGUAGAGAGAAAGAGAGGAAGAAAAGCGAAAAGAAAAGUAUAAACAAAUAAUGUUUUCGUUGCUGUUUUUUUUGUUGACGCUAGUACGGAUACCGACAGAUAACAGAAAGAGAGAUGGAAGAAGAGUAGAGAGCGAAAUUUCAAUGUAAGCUGGGUUAAAUGCAAAACGUUUAGGCAAUUAAGUAUGACAAAACACAAAAUUCUGCAGGCAUAUAACUAAUGUAUUCGAUAACUGUAAAGUGUAAAACUGAGUGUGAGUUUGUUGUUCUGUUUUUUCCUUUUCCAAAUUCAAACAUGAUGCUUAUCAUUAGAAUCCUUAUUAUUGUAAUAUCAACCGUUUGCGCAAGUGAGCCGUAGGUUUGUGUGUGUGUGUGCGCGCGUGUGCAAAAAUUAGCACUAAUUCCGUUAGCUGCGUUUUUCGGCUUUGAAGAGACGAACUAACGAAAUUAACCUUUCUUCUUUGGAUUUUUAAAAUAUUUGGUCGCUUUUUUGGAUACAAGUGAUAGCGGAAAUCCACCACAGCAAGACGAUGAUUGAUCAGUUCUACCUAAUCCUACCCUAUGGGUUGGAUUUGGCGCCCCGGGAAAGCUAGCACAGUCGGCAAGAGAUACCCUUAACCACACCACAACAUCGCAUUGUUUUUGUGCCUGUAUUGCGACACAUUUGAGUAUUUGAGAUUUUGUUAAAUGAUCAGUUUUUUAUGAUGUCCUUUUAAAAGUAUAGUUUUGUUUUCCUUUUUACACUUUUUUUUUAAUAUAUUUUCAACUCACAAUAGCCUCAGGGGACUAUUGUGGGCACCAGUCGGUUGUAUGUUUCGAACCUUUCCUUGCAAAAUCUAAUCGAGUAGAAGAAGCUUCCCAUAAAAGCAAUAAACUUCCAACAGGCAACGUUUGGAAGCAUUGUUUUCACUAAAAGAUACACAGAUUGAAACAACAACAAAAACCAUGAUCCCGACGAUAAGCGUAGACACGAUCGAAGAACGAUCAAAAAAGCGUAAAGCGUAACUAUUGAUAAGACGAGAAACGAGCAAGGAAGAAGGAAAAAAAACUCAGCUAGUCACAAGUGCAACACACUCAGGUACAAUAAAAAUGUAACGAAACAUUGUAGAAUUAUUUAGCGUGUAUAAACAGCAAACUGAAACAAAAGGUAUGCAAUCAGCUGCUCACUCGAUUGCGCGACGCAGUAGUAGCGUGUAAGCGAGCACUAGCGCACCCAGCAUAGUAAUAGUCACUUAAUGCAAGAAAAAAAAAACAAAGAACGAGGAAAAUUGAUAAUGCAAGAGAAGGAUAUAAAUCGAAGCAUUUUCGUGUUUUUGUUUUUUUCAUUUAUGUGGCAUUUAUACUAUUGUUUUUUUCUUCGUAUUCGACAGUUCCUCUCAGGAAACCCACAACGUGUACCGAUCGUUGUGUUUAAAAUAAGUUGUGGUGUUUGAUUUCUAUGUUGUGUAUGCAUUACUUUUUUUGUUGGUUAUUGCCACUGCAGCUCUUUCCUGAGACGCAGAGAAAGAGAAAGAACGAGGGCGCAAAAUCAUACAGGCGAGUGAAAAGGAAAAGCCACACAAAUACAUGUUUGCGAUUAAGGAAAACAAAAUGGGCAAAAUUAUCUUUAGGUCUUAGAAUACUACUACUUCUACAACAACUAUUACUACUACUACUACUACUAUCUAGCACGUAGUGUGAAAUGACGAUAUACUUAAAACAUUGAAAACGGGAGCUGUACCCAUGUUUGUAACAAAGUUGUAAAAAAAGAGAAGGUAGAAGAAACGCGUUACGAUAUGUUACGAUAGGAGUACGAAACACGGCUAGCCCCGUGGUAAAGAGAUACGUAAAAGUUAUGGUUUGUCAGUUUCAGCGCUACUUUUUGCCAUUUGCGUUUUGUUCGGGUUUAGAGUCUGUUCUGUUGAAGGUGUAACACUGUCGAUCUUACAGAUCGGGUGUUGACAAGAGAUACGAGAUACGAUAACGGACGGAGGUGAACAGCAGCUGCGCUAAAUACACAGUGCAAAACCAUAACCACUGAUGAGAUACGACAUACAAGAGAUACGGAAGUGAAAAAUUCAAAAUUCUUCAAAACCAACUGAACAACAACCUUACAAAAACAAAACAAAAAAACAACUCAAUCUGCUUCGACUACACAAUAAUAGUUUGUGUGUGAAAGCCCAUUUUAAAACCAUACCAUACAACGCGUAUACUUUUGGAAUACUGUUUUUGGAUUGCUUUUCGCGUACACCCCAUUAAUACUGACUUAUCUCUACAUACCAAUGUAUACCAAAAACUAAAAAACAAAAAUGCAACAAACCACACAAAGUAGCUAUCCUAUUUCAUACGUGAAGCCGUGAAGGCAAAGGAUGAAGCAAACAACACUGAAGAACAGGACGAUGAUAGAUGGCGGUGUGUCACUGUGCCGUUAAGGGGACUACAGUUUGGAGACCAGAGUUUCACUAUUGCCGAAGGCAAUCAUCGAUCGAGGCUAAUUACACGCUAUACACAUACACACAGAGAACCAUUCGAGGCUAGAAGACACAGGCAGAAUGAGGCUUUUCGAAGUAAAAACACAACCUAGAAACUGGUUACACGCGAGAGAGGGCUUUAGUCCGGAAUAUUGCAGUCCUUGCAGCCCCUUGUGACACACUGUCCCAUCGCAGGAUAAUAGUAAACCCAAGCAACUGAACCACAAGGUGUAAAUAUGUACGCUCCUCUUCCGUCACGUUUUGCUGUCUUUGCGCAAUCAGCCUCCCAGAUGCGUCGUACGCGCGUGUACCUGCUGCGCCAGUGCGACUUGCAUGCGCGAUGCAUAGAAGGAAUGAGGCGCGCAGAAACAAGAAAACAUGAUCGGUUGAGCGGGCUAAGAUCCCUAUACGCAAUAAGCUAGUCUAAUAUAGUUUCUUUCUUUUUCUUCAAAUGCUGGCGACUCGCGGGUCGUCAAGCGUGAUGUAAAAUGAAGUGUGAACGCGGUACGCAAUGGGGGAAAGGCAGGUAUAAGCUUCUCCUGCGUUCAACGGGAAAGGAAAGAGUUUGAGGGAUGGUUUUGGACAACCGUGUUUGGGUGCAAUGGUGUACGGUGGUGGUGGCAAUACACUGUAGAUUUUCAUGGGAACGCCAACCGAAGAGACUGUUAUUUAUUGUUACCUCAAUAGACGUUAAUGUGGGACGCGGGUGUGUUUUGUGUGUAAUGGCAAUGCAAUAAUGUGUAGGAAGUCUAGCUUGUAUUCAUGUUUACUAUUAUUGCCCCAUUGUUUUUGUUUAUUAAAUCGUUUGAGUUAGUAUUUCUCCCGUGCUGCGUUGAGUGUCAGACGCACGGGUGCGCUCCUAGGGACACUUGCCGCAAACCAAUAGAGUUACAACAAGAACCACCAUCACCACCAUCUACCGCUCGCAAACUAUUGCCCCGAGCUAGGCAAUCUUCUAUGCAUUUCCGAAUUUUCCCCUGAACCCUGAACUUUCCUCCUUUCCACAUCGGUCCGCGAUUACACCUUCAGAAAGGCCUUAAUAAGAGAAAUACCGGAACAGUAGUAGCAGUUAAGCACAGUAUUCCGAAUGUUACAUUAUUACGUUUAUUAAUUGUGUGCCGGGUCUGUCCACUGCUUCCCCCCCCCCCCCCACCAUUCUUUAUUGCAAGCGAGAAGGGGAGGGGAAAAAAAAUGUUGGAACCGCACAGCACAGAUCCGUUUAUUUUUCUUCUUCUUCCACGUACCAGAGAGAGAGAGAUUGCAAUGUGGUAUACCGAACGUAAUGUACCGUUAAAGAUUAUAUACACGAAGUAAUAUAGCAACGAGUAACUGUGAGCUGAAUAGUAUCACCGUGUGCAGAAAGCAGAAGAGAAAGAGAGAGAGGAAGCGACGAGUGGCGUAAAACAAAUCGAUAAAUACAGUUUUUUGCAGUUAUAAGUUGUCACUUCGUGUGAGCCAACUAAAACAGAUAAUUUAUUUAUUUAAAUGUUCAGCAUACAUACAUACAUAAACUCUUUCGAAAAGAGCCGGAACGUAUACAAAGCAAGUAAUAGCAGAAACAAACAGCAGAAACAAACAGCAACAAAAAAACAGCGGAUCAAUGAUCUGCAAUUGCAACUGCGAAAACGAAAUGAAACACAAAACAACAGCAAAUCCAUAAUAAGAAUGCAAACAAAAACCAAGCCAGCUCGAGAACAAGCACUAUUUACAGUUGAUCACAACCAUAGCAAAUAUACAACAGGUAGCAGAGAAAGAUAGGAACCAAGAUCACAGGACACAGGAUAGCAAUACAAAACCAGUACCCUUUUACAGUACUGGGCACGACAGCGUUCGCGUUCUGGUAAACGUACCCCGAAGCGCGUUUGAAAAUUGGUUUAUAAUACAAUUCUUUGCCGUUAUGUUAUGUGUUACUUGCCUCACACCAAGCCCGUUAGUUGAAGGGUAACACAGCAGGACUUAAAAGAAAUACCUUCAGACACACACAUACGUGAAAACGGGGAAAAGGAAUGAACGCAAAGAUCAGACAGUUUGAUGAUGAAGCAGCGAAAUGGUAAGCGAGAAGUAAUAGCGAGUUAACGAUUCUUGCAUUGAUCGUACCAUAUCUUUUUGUUGUUGUUGCAAAAUCACAUGGCAUUGGGUGUAACAAUUAGCAUGCAAGUAGCGUUUGAAAAGGGCGUAUCGAUUUGCUCGAAAGAAGAUCUGAACCGGUUUUGGCCGCACGACCACAAAAAAUUGUUGUGUAAAACUCAUACAUUUAUUCUGCAGGGAAGCUUUCUUUUUAUUCGAAUGAACACUAUCAGGCCCUCCCCCCUAUAACUAACUACUACUACUAGCUCCAUAAAGUCGUCCAUAUCAAUAGUCGCGGAGGGGAAAGGUUGCCCAAGCCCAAGCCCUUCGUGCAAACACUUGCAAACAGACCCAUUUUGGUUUACGGUACCUCAUUUCAUUUUAAUAGUGUUGUAAGCAAAAGCCAUUGAUUGCGAUUCGCAUCAAACGCAAAACAGAAGGAAACGAUUAUCACGAGACCGAUGUGAAUGAUUUGUGGCCGGCGUGGCGUUCUCGCGUGGCGACCCAAGACCACACAAACACAGAAUCCCACCGUUUUAACAUUUAACGUAACAACGCCUAGCUUUUAACCUAAAACUAGUUUAAACAUCUACAACACCACCACCCAACCUUCCCAUUUUCUGUUUUCAUGAAGCGCAUUCAAGGCAGAGUAUGUUCAACAUCUGUAUCAUUUUCUCGCUUUAAGCUUUACCCUCCCCAGUUGUUUGAUGAAUAAUUUUUCUUUCUUAUAAAAUUCCACUCUUUUCGUAUCGAUUGCUACAACAAACAGCACAUUUUGCUAGCGAAUAUACACAUCCAACACGAAUUCCGAUUGGAAGUUGCAAUGCAUAAACGCCCUACCAACCAUCAAAACAUUUCGGCUAAAAAUAUAUAUAUAAUUUUGACAAAAUUUAAGUAUAGCAAACUCCAACUAAACGCUAACCGUGGUCGAGCUUGAAGUAAAGCACCAAUCCAAUCGUGUACGCCACGGUGCGGGAGUAUCCUUUUUAUAGUUUCGAUAACGUUGGGUUAAAAAAUAUUGGUUUUGGGUUUUUUGAUUCUAAAAACAUUGAUAUAAAUUGCAGUAAAAAUGAAAAUUAAUUAUAAUUCACACAGAAAAAAAAGAUAAGAAAGUAAGAGAAGAAACUUCAAGUGGGAAGACAUAAGAUGCAAACAGAAAAUAGAACCACAAAAAAGGGAAAACAAUGAAGUACGAAGAAGAAACACACCGAUAACGAGAAAAAGAAAAUGAAAGAGAAAAGUAUAAAUGAAAUAGAGAGAGAGAGAGCAACAACAUAUGAGAAUCGAUGUCAAACAUCGUCAGGAGUGGUGUUCAGCAGUGCAGUAAGCAAAACACUCCAACAUGGUUACCAACUUAGUAUCGCUGCGAUUGCGCGACGAUGGCGACGGCAUCCGUUGGAUGUUUGUUAAUAAUAUUUUAUUUUAAGCUUUCUUUACGCGGCCACCGGAAGAACGGAAAAGAAAUACAAGCUGGGCAGAAACCCUAUUGAAGGGAAUAUGGUUCAGUGCGCGCCGGUGCUUCUUGUAUAAAGUGUAAUGCAUAGACAAGGCAAUAUACAACAGUACGAACGACAAUCGGUACUGCUUUGUGCACUUUCAUAUUACCUUUAGUGCUACACCUUGGUUAUUAUUAUUAUUAAUAUUAUUAUUAUUAUUAUCAUUAUUAUUGAUACUAUUGGUUCGUUUUAAGUUAGCAUUACUCUGUACAAUUGGUUUAAAACGACGGGUAUAUUGUUUAGUUAUUUCCUCUCUGCAUAAGCAUAAUAGUGUUGUACCGCUACACGUAAGUCAGUAAGCAUCUGAUAAAAAAUGUGUUUAAGUUGUAAAAAGAAACAUGGAGGAUACAAAGCCGGAUUAUUCACUAUCGAGAAGCGAAAGUGCGAAGCUUACAAACAACUAAAAUAACACACGAAAAGGGGGGAAUACUUUUUUUUUGUCCGCUUUGUACAACAAUGAGGAAUAAUAAUCAGCAAAAAAAGUGAAUCACACAAUGAGAGCCAAGUUUAUAACGUUAUGAAAAGAGCAAGAUUUAAUUGAAAAGCUGCUGAUACGAAUAAAACUCAAUUUUUCGUACAUUAUUAUGUUCUUUCUUUAUUAUUUAUGUUUUUCUUUUCUGGUAUGUUUCAUUUUGUUCGUCCUCUAUGAUACGUUCACGGUGUGUAACGGUUAUGAGUAGAUGACAUUUUCUUUUUCCUCGUUAUCUGGUUAUAUGUUUUUGCUAUAUUUUAUCGUUAUUUUUGCGGUAAGUAUGUUUCGUUAUUUUAUUUCUUUGAUAUUUUUCUUUUCCUUUUAGUUUUAGCUUUUGUAAUAUCACUUAUGUUUAAAACCUCCUGAUCGUGUUUGAUAUCGAAGUUACAUGUGUUGCUCAACAAGAAAUAAUAACAUCCAAACGAAACUGUGUUUCUUGAAGAGUAUUGCUUAAUUUUGCAUUAUUCCUUACUGAAAUUGCAAGAAAUGAACGAAUUCUCUAAUAAAGUGCAAACCGUCCAAUGCCCAAUUUAACAAAAAAAAAAUGAAAGCACAAUAAUUAAAAAUUAAACAAAAGAACAAGCAAUGCAUCGUAACAGUUUCGUUUUAAAAUAUACUUCAUUUUUUGAGCUAUGUUUCGUGCAUACCACACUAAUUCCAUCCCUUCGUUACUAUGAUGUAGUAAAGUGCGAGCAAACCAGUACAGAAUUCAUUUCCAAACAUAAUAUACAAAUCAGAGCAAAGUGGAUACAGAGCCCCGAAAAUUGAUUUUCUUAAAUAUAACUCACUCAAAAUUGUAAACCUAAAUCUUAUCUUUAGAGAGCGAAACCAAACAAAAACCCUAUAAAUAUGAAUAUAAAUAUCUAAAGAGUAAGUUUUUGGCACGUUUCUUACUCUAACUGGAGUCGAGAGAGACAUAGAGAGAAAAAAAGAGGAACAGAAAAUAAAAUCGAUAAACUUUAGGCAUGU